CCAACACUAUAUUGACAUAGUGGGAUGGGGCCAGAGUUUUGGAUAAAUUCAAGUAACAUUUGCUUGCUGCAGUAUAUAUGAAUAUGAUUAAGUGCUAGCUACCACAUCCUUCAUCCUUGAUCAAAAAUAGUAAACUCCCUAGAUUCUUAACACAUUCACAUAUAGCCUUUUAUCUGUAGAUGGCCACUCCACCAUUGAUUCAUAAGAAAGAUGUUGUGCUGGUGAAACCUGCAGAACCAACCCCUUCUGAAGUUCUUUCUUUGUCUACAAUAGACAAUGAUCCAAACAUUGAGCUACUUUGUCAAACUGUCUACGUAUACAAGACGAAUAACAUCAGUGAUCUGGAACCAGCUUUAGUCAUCAGAGAUGCCCUUGCCAAGGCUUUGGUUUACUACUAUCCCUUGGCUGGGAAGCUUAAACGUGAGAAUGGGAAACUCAGAAUCACUUGCAAUGCAGAUGGCGUGCCUUUUCUUGAGGCAUAUGCUGAUUGUGAACUUUCUUCUCUUCACUAUUUAGAUGGGAUUGACACUGAAAUGGCCAGAGUAUUAGCCUUUGAUUGGCCUAGUGAAAGUGAAUGUGGUUAUCACCCUUUAGUUUUGAGGGUGACCAAAUUUGCUUGCGGUGGUUUUACUAUUGGGAUGGGCUUAUCACACUCAGUAUGUGACGGAUAUGGUGCAGCUCAAUUCUACAAGGCGAUGGCUGAGCUAGCAAGUGGAAAGAAUGAGCCAACGGUGAAGCCUGUGUGGGAGAGGGAAAGGCUAGUAGGGGCAGCAAGUAAAGUUCCUAUUUUGCCUCCAGUCGACAUGUCUACAUUGGCAAGUUCACCAUAUUUGCCUUGUACUGUUGUUGCACAUGAAUGUUUCUAUAUAACUGGAGAAAGUAUUGAAAGACUGAGGAAGAGUUUAUUGAGUGAAUUGGAGGAAACAGAGACUACAAACUUCACCACUGUCGAAAUUCUGGGAGCCUAUGUCUGGAGGUCAAAGUCCAGAGCUUUGCAACUAAGUCCUGAUGGAAAAACCAUGUUUUGCAUGGCAAUGAGCAUAAGAAAUGUUCUGAAUCCACCCCUGAAUCCUGGAUAUUACGGAAAUGCUUUCUUAUCUUCCUCUCAUUUAGCGCUGACAGUAAGAGACUUGAAUGAAUUUCCUCUCUCUAGAGUUGCUAAACUGAUCAAAGAGAGCAAGAAAGUAUUGACUUCAAGCACUGAUUUUGUUCCAAAGACCCUGGACAUAUUAGAAACAAUAAUACAACAAAAUGUGAAGGCUGAGAUCAGCAAUGGUGCAUCCGUCGUACUAACAGAUUGGAGACAAUUAGGAUUGCUGGAAGAGGUGGAUUUUGGAUGGAAGGAAAUGGUGAACAUGGUACCAUUACCAGGGAACAAUUUCUUUAUAGAUUUGUGUAUGUUUUUACCUCCUUGCAAAGUGGAUUCUUCUGUGAAAGCAAAAGGUGGUGUGAGGGUACUCGUUACACUCCCUAAAGCUGCGAUGCCCAAAAUGAAGGAGGAAAUGGAAUGGCUUAACCAGCUAGGGGUUGAUCACAUUCAUAUCCAAUCAAAACCAUGAUUCAUGCAUUGUUUACAUCAAGUAUGUGCUCGAUCACCCAACUUCUAGUCAGAAACUUUGGCAACCAGCUCUAAAGUCUUGUUUUUACUAAUUGUAUUGAGAACAGUAUUGCGCUUACAAUAUUGUUGAGAUGUGUGUAUCCUUACUUUCUGUGUGUUUGUGUAAUAGAUUUGUAUCUAGUCCAAGGGUGUGUGUUCAGAGAA